AUGCCUGUUCUUGAAAUCGCCAUUGUCGUCAGCGGCAUCGCUGCCCUGGUCCACCAUUCCGGUGGCUCCUUCCAAGGCCUCGUCCAAGCCGCCAAGGCCCUCUUCACCGCCGUCCAGCAGGUUCAGUCCCUCCACAAGGUCCAGCGGGUCUUCAAAUCGGACAAGAUCCGCCGCCAAAUCGAGCAGUACUGCCAUGAGCUCGAGUCCCUCUGGCAAAAUGUCGUUCUGGCACUCGCCAUCGACAGCAACAACCGGCUCAACGAAGCCGAGCUCAGGCAUGCCCUGAGGCAAGACGAAGACUUGGCCGAGACACAGAUCAACGAGCUUGUUGCGAUGAUGCAGCAGAACCACAGUCUCGUCAUGCAGAGACUUGACAUUCUUGUCAGCGGCCAGCAAGACUGGCAGCAGCGCCAGGCAGUCACCGCCCUUCAGAAACUCCGGGACGACAGCUCCACCAAUGCCGUCCUGAAAGACAGGACGAUCGUUCCCCUCCUAGAAUCACUGCAAGAUGCAUCCCCUGUCGCCAAAUCCGUCCAAGUAGAAGACUGGCGAAUCUUCCCCGAAUCUAUCACCAACUGGUCCGCCAAGCCCAUCUGCUCUGGUGGCUUCGGUGAUGUCUACACUGCCACAUACUUUGGAACCCGUGUUGCCGUGAAGCAACUCAGGUGCAGCUGCCUCGAACAAGAGAUUGGCGAGUUUCGAAGAGAGAUUCGGGUAUGGCAUCAACUGAGCCACAACCACAUCCUGCCCCUCCGCGGCGCCUGCGACACUGUAGAGAAGCUCUUCAUGGUCUCGCCCUUCAUGGAAAACAGCACCCUCAAAUCCAAGAGCAUCAUCCAUGCAGAUCUCAAAUCGUUGAAUGUGCUCAUUGGACCAAGCUUUGAAGCUCUGAUUUGUGAUUUUGGGCUUGCCCGCACCAAGAGUGCCACAUCAUCUUCGACCGCCCGCGACCCAGCCCUGUAUAUUGGGGGAACCUUGAUGUACAAGGCACCCGAGAUGCUAUCCUUCAAAAAGCCAAAGGGUGCCUCCGCCGCCACCGAUGUCUACGCCUUUGGAAUUCUCUGCUGCGAGGCCCUCAUGGACUGUCUCCCCAUAUUCUUGGCCGCCGACGGAGACGUGAUGGCUCCCGAUGUGGUCGUGGUCGCAGUCUUACAAGGAUUCCGCCCUGCCAUUCCUGAGGGGACCCCUGAAGCAGCAUGCACAACUAUUGGGGACUGCUGGCACCAGGAUCCAGCCAAACGCCCGCCCUUUGAUGAGGUGUUCAGUCGACUGGCCGUCCUCAAACCAACAGUCGAUCUUGAUCGGCAGGUCACGCCGAAUGAACACAGGUACACCCCCCUGCCCUUGGAGCCCCAACACGACUCUGGAUUUGCAAGCCGUGCAUCGUCCAAUAUCCUCACUGAGGGUGUCCGCCGUCUCGAAUUGGAAACCUCCCUCGAGAACCCAGGUGACGGAAUGGAAGAAGACCCCAACUGGCAGGCAGCCCUUCGCGGCCAUGCGUGGGCGCAAUUGGAGAUCGGGAAUGCCUACGCUGCAGGCAGCCGUGCCAGCCAGAACUGGUCCAUGGCAUACAGAUGGAUGGAACUUGUUUCAGGCGCCAAGUUCAACGAGUAG